UUUUUGAUAGAGAACCUUUUAAAAUAGUAUAUACAGAAUUUUUAUAAUGGGUAUUUUUGUUGUUUACAAAGGUCUUUCCAGCAGUAGGGAGAGGAUGAGUGUAGGAGAAAAAACAAAAAUACUUAAGUGUCCUAUCUUUAACCUCAUUUUCUUUCUCUGUCAUUUCAGUUCCGGUUCUUCUGUUGUUACUAGUAACAUUCUCUUGCAAUACCUGAGGAAGAGCAUGCACAUGAAUUUCCCCUAAAUCAGUGCAUAAGUGAUUUGCUCGUGCUAGUGCAUUAGACAAGAAAUACUCUUGACCUGCACAAUACAGUGUAACUGUCUAUACACACAUACUGCCAGAUGCACGAAAGAGUCUUCACAAAUAUUUUUCCUAAUCUUUCAAUAGCAGUAGCGUUGGAUUAUUUGUAGCAAUAGUAAUACAAAGAUUUCAUAUGGAAAGAUACUUCACACUGAUUUUAUCCCUUUUAGUUUCAGGUGGACUUGUACAGUCAUGUGGUUACAUCAUCCCUGAGUCUCCAGUGUUGACUCUUGGCUCCAAUUUUACAGCACUGUGCAUUCUCAAUGAGAGUUGUCUUGACUUUGGCAAUAUACGUGCCAACCAGAUUAUUUGGAAAAUCAAAAAUUCUGUAGUGCCUAAAGAACAAUACCGUGUAAUAAACAGAACUGUUUCCAGUGUCACAUUUAGUGACACCUCUACUUUAGCUACUCCUCUGACAUGCAACGUUUUAGCAGAUGGACAGAUUGAGCAGAAUAUCUAUGGAAUUGCAGUUACACUGGGCUUGCCCCCAGAGAAGCCUGAAAAUUUGAGUUGCAUUGUGCAUCAGAUGUCAAAAACUAAAUUUAUUAUGACUUGUACCUGGAAUCCUGGAAGGGAUACAUUCCUCGCCACUGAUUUCCGUUUAAAAUCUCAAUGGCCACUAGAAACCUUGCCUGACUGUGAACCACGAGGUGUAAAUAACUCUUGUGACAUUUUCAAUGUUCAGUUUUUUGUCAACUUGGAGGUCUGGGUGGAAGCUAAGAAUGCUCUUGGGAAGGCUGAAUCUGAGCACAUUGAUUUUGAUCCUGUGGACAUUGUGAAACCUCUACCUCCACACAACUUAGCAGUCAAUUCAAGAGAACUACCCACUGUCUUGAAACUGUCAUGGGAGAACCAAAUUACAGUUGUUGUUAUGGAGUUGAAAUUUAAUAUUCGAUACAGGAUCAGUGACAGCUCAGACUGGAUGGAGGUUCCUCCUGAAGAUACAGCUUCACACAGAACUUCAUUCACUGUUCAGUCUCUUAAGCCUUAUACAAAGUAUGUGUUUUCACUCCGUUGUAUGAAGAAAAAUGGUUUGGGAUACUGGAGUGAUUGGAGUGAAGAAAAGAGUGGGGUCACAUCUGAAGCUAAACCAUCUAAGGGACCACCUCUAUGGAGGAAGAUUGGCAUAUCUCACUCUCCAAACUCCUGGACUGUGCAUCUGAUAUGGAAGGAAUUGGAUCGUUCUGAAGCCAAUGGAAUAAUCUUAAAAUAUGAAGUGACUGUCAGACCAAGACCACCUCUGUCAUGUCCACCUGAAAAAUACAGUGUUAAUAGCACAAACCUGACUUUAAAUUUAACAAAUGGAACAUAUGAUGUGACAGUAACUGCUCAUAACAGGAUUGGUGGAUCUCCCCCAUCGGUUUUGCUUAUUCCAGCAAGUAACUCAAAAGCUUCUGUGAAAGAUAUUAAAGCAUUUCCUAAAGAUGGCAAGCUUUGGAUAGAGUGGACGGCUCCUGACAAUAGUGUGGUUAAAUAUGUGAUUGAAUGGUGCAUGGUGUCCGACAGCUCAGACUGCAGCACAGAAUGGCAGCAGGAACUUGGUACUUCUCAAGGCACAUUUUUAAAAGGAGAUAUAAAGCCAUUCAAGUGUUAUUUGAUAACGGUUCAUCCAUUGUAUACUAAUGGUCAAGGAAAUGGACAAUCUACAAAGGCAUAUCUUCAGCAAGGCAUGCCUGCAAAAGGACCCACUGUUCAAACAAAAAAAGUAGGAAAAGCUGAAGCCGUUUUAGUAUGGAAACCUCUUUCGGUGGAUGAGCAAAAUGGGUUUAUCAGAUAUUACACUAUAUUAUAUAGAACUGUCAGUGGCAAUGAAACAGCUGUGAAUGUGGACCCUUCCAAAACAGAAUAUACCCUCUCCCCCUUAUCCAGUGACACUUUAUACAUGGUGAAGAUGGAGGCACAUACAGAUGAAGGAGGCACAAGUGGUCCUGUAUUUACAUUUACUACACAAAAGUUUGGAAAAGGAGAAAUAGAAGCCAUAGUUGUACCUGUAUGUCUGGCAUUCCUGUUGUCCAUCCUUCUGGGAGUAUUGUUCUGCUUUAACAAACGGGAUUUAAUUAAAAAGCAUAUCUGGCCUAAUGUUCCUGAUCCUUCCAAAAGUAACAUUGCUCAGUGGUCCCCUCAAACUCCAACUAAGCAUAAUUUUAGUUCCAAAGCUCAGAUGUAUCCAGAAGGCAGCUUUACUGAUGUAAGCGUGGUUGAAAUAGAAGCAGAUGACAAGAAGUCCUUUUCGGAGCAGGAUCUAAAACCCUUCAACUUGCUUAAGAAGGAAAAAAAUACUUCAGAGGGGCACAGCAGUGGUAUUGGAGGAUCCUCAUGUAUGUCUUCUCCUAGGCAAAGUGUUUCCGACAGUGAUGAGAGUGAAUCUGCACAAAAUACUUCAAGCACUGUACAGUAUUCAACUGUAGUACUCAAUGGCUACAGAGACCAAAUUCCUUCUGUUCAAAUCUUUUCAAGGUCUGAAUCCACCCAGCCACUGCUAGAUUCAGAAGAGAAACCAGAAGAUAACCCAGGAGGAGGUGAAAAUGCAACUCCAAGGCAGCAGUAUUUCAAACAAAAUAGUAGUCAGGAUGAAACCAAUACAGAUGGGUCACAUUUUGAAAGAGCAAAGCAGGUUACUCCUCCAGUAAACGAGGAGGAUCUUGUUGGACUUGCACAACUACAGAUGUCAGGUCACAGUUCACAGCUGUGUGGCUCUGGGCCAGAGAGAAAUAAAACUGAAUCUGCUUUGGCAGAUGCGUUAAGUCCAAGUACUGAGGGACAGAUUCUGAGACUGGAAACGAUGGGGAUAAACACAGCAACAGUUGAUGAGAUACCAAAAAGUUACAUGCCACAAACUGUAAGGCAAGGGGGCUAUAUGCCCCAGUGAGAGGAGAGAGACUGGCUCUGUUAGGCCUUCAGUAGUACCUGAUCCAUUUCUUUUUCCCCUGUGUUUCUGAUGAGUUAAGCUAAGUAUUUUUAUCUGAAAUCAGAUAAAAAUAUUCAGAUUCAUUUAGUGAAGAGAAUUUGAUGGAGGGUACAUGAGUACUAUCUUCAGUUGGGAUAUUUCCAGUCCAGAAUUACUGGAGAUCCUCCUAUAAGCACUACAUAAAUUCUCUUAUUUGUCUGAACAGGCCUUUGUGCUGCCUUGCAGUUUUGUUUGUCCUUGUAAUGUCACAUUUAAACAUGAUUUAUUGAAAGUAGCAAGUUUUAUUUUGUUACAUAGGCCAAGGGGCAUCUAAGAGAAAAAUACUAGGAGCCUUUUGGCCAGGGUUUUGGAGCUGUGCUCUGGCUCCGCUCCAGCUCCAGGCAAAUACCUGCAGCUCCACUGCUCCAGGCUCCAGCUCCGAGCUCCGCUCCAAAGCCCUGCUUCUGGCCGUGCAUGAUAUUAAGAUGCCUACUUUGGAUAAGCUUGAUUAGACCAGAGUGUUCCUCCAAAGGUAAAAAAAUGAAAGUACAGUAUUAUAUAUUUUUAAAACGUUAUCCAGUGACCAAACAAUUUCGACCCACAUUCAUCCCUGACUAACUCUAUUGACUUCAACGGAGUUAUAGAAGGAAUGAAUUUUGCCCAAUAUUUCUAAUGUAAUAGCAUCAGACUAAUGUCUCAAAGUAUUUUAGGCCUCAUAUAAAGAACUGUAAAACAAAGGACUGAAGUACUUGUCACAAAUUGCAAUCAAAAUGCCGUCACUGGUUAACUCCCUAAGAAUGCUAGUGUAGUCAUCAGUAUUCUGCCCCCCCCCCCCAUAUAUAUAUAUGUAUGUAUGUAUGUAUGUAUACACACACAUUUAUAUACACUCACCCAUAUAUAGAAACUAGGCAUAAAAACUACCUACUUUGUAAUCUGAGCCAAAUGCAUGGCAAUUAACAUUUCAUAUUUAGCAUUAAAAACUUUGAAGGAAAAUGUAGAUAAGAGAAACUCCCCUGUAGGUGAAUUGAAGUUUUUAUUUAAAAAUGAAUAUCUGUUUAUCUCAAAUCCCUGACUAACCAUACCAGAUAUCUUUGAUUUAGAAUUUGCCUGUUUACCAUACAAGGCUUGGGUGGGGAAAGACAAGAAGUAAUAAAAUGUAAUAUUCUAAAAUGAGCUAGCAUGUGUAGGUUGUAGCUUUUACAAAUGGUUUAGAAGAAAAAUACUACUUCCUUUUUGCUCUGCUGCCAGUACUGGGAUUCUGUGAUUUCCUUGCUACAGUGUAAUGAAAUCACUGAAAUCAAAAGUGAUAUAAGGAAAACCAUUCCUUACUGUAGUGAGGCACUGAUAUUGCUGAUACUUUUGGGAAAAAUCUAGAACCCUGAACUUGGAAGUUGACAGGUAAAAACAUCCUUCCAUUUUUCAUUAUGAGCCUGUAAGCAAAAUAUCUAGAUCCUGCUGCUACAAUUCUUGACACUUACCUCUUUUCCAUUCUUCUCCUUUCCAGCUCUCACAUCCUAGAGAGGAUACAGUUCCUAAAGACAACAAUCUUUGAUAUCCUUUCUUAUAGAUCUUGUUACUCUGAUGAAGAUUUUUUUUUUUAAGUUUUCCCAGAUGCCAUCUGAUCAGCUUUACAAAGCUAUAUUCUUGUAGCUGUAUCUGAACCUAGUCCAUUUAGUUUUCCAGUCUGGUAUUAAUAAGUCAUGAGCAUCUCUAAGUCUUUGAUUCUCAGGUAAUUCAGAAACACUACAAGCUGUGUUAGGAAAAAUAAAACCUCACUUUAUAUUUAACAAAGUAAUUAUUUUUUUUCACAAGAUCGCUGUACAUAAAGAUUUAUCUUCCUGUAGGUCCUCAAAUGCAGGGGUUCCCAAGUGUGGCCCAUUAUACCACUGGUCUUCAGAAUACUUGCUGGUGGGAUGUGGAGAGCUGGCUGGUCACAUAUUUCUAACUUUGCUUGUCUCCAUCUAUUAAUUCACUUUGAAGGGCAAGUUUAAAUUUGCCUAACUCUCCAUGUAAGUAGUUGCUAUCAUUGCCACAGGGAAGUUACACAGUAAUGUUAAUGAGAGUGGCAAGAUGGUCCAUGAGACUCUCUUUAAGAUGCAUUCCACAGUGUGGAACCUUUAAGACAUCUGUACUAGGAUAUCUGGGAAAGCUUUGUUUUUUUUCAUUUAUGCAUAAUUCCUUAUCCUACUGACAUGUUUCUCUCAGUAAUAAUGUAUCAUAUCUUUGGUCCCCAGAUUUUGUUGUUUUUCAGAAACUCCUCCAUAACAUUUCAGUUGGUUGGGCUGCCCAUCUUGAAUUCUUUUUUUCGUGGGGACAAGGACCCAAUAGUAUCCGAUAAGCCUUUAGAACUCCCUAGAUGAUGUAAACCUGCAGUAUGAAUCACAGUAUUCCAAAGGCCAAACUGUACCCCUUUGCUCGAACACAUUUUUGUAGCACAUAAGUGAGAAUUUAGGAACAAAUUUCUUCAUCUGGUAUGUGUGAAAGAAUUGCCCGUUUCCAAAGGGUCCUGUGAAGCUUGCAAUUGAAGCUGUAUAUUCUGUUUUGAAGGCUUUCAUAGGUAAAGUACAUGUAGACCAAAAAGAUGAAUCAAAUGAACCCUGAAAGUAUUUGUAUUAAGAGCCUCAGCAUCCACACUCAACGCUUCGGCCUUUGUGCUCUUGUCCUAUUAACUUCUUCUGAGACUUAACCAAUUAGGUUGCUGGUUUCUGACUUUCACAAACACUGGUGUUUAGAGACCUGAUGUCUUCAGAUACAGUUUUAGGAGCUCUUUCCUCAAGCCAGUGAUACAGACUCCUUUUUAUUUUUGAAGGAUGAGAGUGGAUGACCAUUUACUCUUAACACUGCAAUCAUGCUCUAAUUUAUGUAAAUGGAAGCUAUUUCAGACUCAUUGUUUUAAAUCCCAGCUCACCUCCCGCCAAAAUUAAAUGUAAUGUCAGAAGGAAAGAGAAUCCCAUUUUUAAGAGGAGCACCCAGCAGUGAUCAUUCUGAUCUAGUACUAGUCGUGUCUUAUAUUCAGCAUUACUACAGAUUAAUAGGAGUUGUCUUGCUCUUUUAUUUCUCAUUCCUAUUUAAAUUUCAGUAUUUAGACUGAUGCAGAAGAUAGAAACAAAAGGAAAAGGUUGUAAAUCCACAUUUAUGUAGAUGAACUCAUUAUAAAAUUCACAACAGGUAAAAGCAAUGAGAAUUUACAGCCUGUUCAUGAAAUUUUUGUCUGUGCCAAAAUUGUACACUGUGCAAUGUUCAGCUUUUGAGCAGAAAUAGUUAACUUUAAUUUUGUACUUUUAAGUCUGGAAAAUACUCUUACACUUAAUUUUAUAUUGGACACUGUAUCUUGCAAGUAGUUUUUUAAAUGUGGAUGUGUAUUAACAAUCUGUACCUAGUCUUCUGACUAUUACUAUACAUACAAAGGCAGACUUUUUUAAAAAAAAACUAUGGUGCACUUUAAGAAAAAAUAAAGGCAUUAUUAAAAUGAAAUUACAUUUAACACUGACAUUGCUGUGUGCCCAUUUUGAUUAAUUGCCAAGUCUGUCAUGCCUCAGAUGGGAAAGUAGAAAUCUUGUAUGUUGUUUGUUCAACAGCAGGGAAGAUUGAGAGUUGAGAAUAAGCAUCUUUUAUGCACCGGCACACUUUGAAUGUCUGCUCAAUGCAAAUUAGCUAGUUGCCUGUCUUUUUUUUCCUACAACAAGUAUAAAUGUCUUUUUAAUACCAUACCAUAAAUUAACCAUGGCUUGGUAAUAUUCUGUCCAGCUGCGGCUGGGAUCUCUUGGUGAUCCUUUAUAUCUAAAUAGCCAACCCAGACAAAGCCCCAAUUCUUGACAGUGGCCAAGGAUUGCAAGGCACAGCCUGGGGGCAGCAGAGUAGAAGAAGCCACCUUUGUGUUCCUCAAUCGUGGGCUGGCUGUACACCAUUCUAUGAGCCUGGCAUAAGUUACAGCAGCCUGAGGAUCACACUAAGGUUGAUUGUCAGGGUGGCUGAGACACUGGAGUGUGUGGGUGGGAAUUGCUUAUUUUGGCAUUUGGGAGAGGGCUGGCACAGGGGUGGUUAUAUGAGUUAUUCAGAACCAGGGGACCCCACUGCAGUUUGCAUGGAAGUGAGUCUCCUAUUUCUGGGUAUAGAUACCUGCACUAGCAGCGCAGCUGAGAGUUGAAACCUAAAUCAGCCUUUUGGUGUCUGAAUAUCAUGUGCAUGAUGAUGCAAGCCCUCUUUUUUACUUCAGUAAUAGCUGUCAUUCAGCUCUUUUGUGGGUACAGAGCCCAAAUCAUUGUCUAUGUUCUUAUACCAUUCACAUUGUUGCAGUGCCUGAACCCUAUUGACUUAACUGAAAAUAGGUUCCCAAACUGGUUGUGGUCCAUGGAGACCUGACUGAGCAUGUGGUGCUCUUCCUUGUUUCUAGUUAUUUAAUUGCAUUAAAAAAGGCUAAAGUAAAUUUCCUGAUACUAUCUUUCCAUAUAAUCAGUUGCUUGCUGUUGUUGCCAUUGGUACUGUCUGCCAUGUGAACUCCGUUCCUCCCAAUCUCUUUGCUAAAACGUGCUCCAUCCUAACGGGCAAACAUUUUGACAACCUUGUCUUAACCAUUUAUGUCUAACUUUACUACUGCACCAAAAGUAAAUGUGACACUAAAAAUGCUGCUAUUUCAGUUUUCAUUGGCUAUAAUAAACUUGCAAUUCAUUUUAAAUAUAACAAUGCAUUGCUGAAGUCCCUAUUUUCAGCAUCAUCCUAUUUCAAUUAAGGGUCAAGCAGAAACUUACAUUUUCUCAUAAACUUGGUUCCUGAAUUAGAAAACUGCCCUUUGUUGGGGAGGGAUGGGAAGAGCUUGUGAAGCCAGAGUAAAUCUUGGCUGUGCGCUCAAAACAAUAAAAUAAGUAGAAAAGGUGAAGCUGUUGUUCUACAGACCUGUUCUCAAUAUUUGCUCCCUCAUUUAUCAUUGUUUUUGCAGGCUAAACCAUUCUCUAAGGGAAAGUAAGGAUUCUCCAUUUUCAUUGUAUUGAGUCUAAUCUAAAAAUAGUUUAAACAUGUCUGUUCUUGAGAAGCUGAUACCAUGCGAGGGCCCAGUCCCAAAGGGUGCUGAGCCUCAUCUCCUGUUGACCUUAGCUUCAGCUGUUACCAACACCGCAGAGAGCAGCUCAGCAUGGAGCCCUUAGCAAUUUCACAUUUGCUUUAAAGAGAUCAUCGCAAGUAAGGAAUGCAAUAAAAGCAUCAGUACUUUAGAAACACAUUUCUGCAAUGGAUUGAAUAUAAGUAGAUAACAGCAGAGCUGAGAUAAUGAUAAUGAUUAGAACAAUUUGACUUCCGUCUUGUUUUAUGGACUUAAAUGUCUUCCAGGCAGUGCAUUACCUGUAAUGGUUACAUUUCUUUGUUGACAAUUACAAACUUACUGGCUUUUAAAGCAGUAAAUGAGCAGCCUUUGCUAUUUUGUUUCACAUCACACCUCUUUUUUUUGUCUUUUCCCUAUCAAAACUUAUUCCUGAAGGGGACACUGUCAAAGUGUGACUUCUUUUUCUUUUUCUUUUUUAAGUUAAAUAGUAACAGGUGCUACACCUACCCGUUAAAACUUUGUGGUCACAUUUUCCUAAUUAUAAAAUAUUUUUCUGAAUGUGUGAAAAAUGCAAUAAAAGGGGAAACUGAACUGAGUAUGCAAAGUGUUUUUUUCAGCUCUAGUGCUCUUCAUUGUUUAAAAUCAAAUGAUAUUUUUUAAAGGUCAUUCCUUUUUAAGCAUGCUGUCUACCCUCUGUCAGGUAGAUGGGAAGGGAGUGCAUUUCAAAUCUAGGUGUGAAAGCACGCGCACAAUAAUUGUGCAUCCCUGUACUCAGUGCAGUAAAAAUUUAGCUUAAAAUAUUGAUAUGUCAAUGAGUAACAAACUGACUGUAACAUUUUCUUAUUGGGUUCCAGAGGCAAGACUACUAAAUAUUAAAUACUGUUGGGUGACUAUACAGACAUCUAGACAACUUCAGGCAUAGGUCACAGACGCUUUCUUGUUAAUGAAAAUGUCCAAUGUGGUUUCAAGACAUCUGUAACAUUUGACAGUGAAUGUAAAUACCAAAUGGAGUUUAAUACUGUUUGUAUAUUCAGAGUAAUUAGGGCUUGCAAAACUAAUAUUGAUUUUGUAUGCCAGCUGUUAACAAUUCACAUAUAACCAGAAUUUAAACUCACAAGUGCUGCUUAAGCCUCCUCUAUAUAGAAACAUGUUGAAAUCGCAUUCCAGUAUUAAUCCCUUUGCAAGCUACUGUUUGUUUAUUGUUAUGUAAGUGUUGUGAAUUGUGCUGUCAACAAUUUUUAUUGUAACCUUGAAUGUCUGUCUCCUCUUUACUGUAUUGUACCUGAACGUUGCUUUUCUAUCAACUAUAUUUUAUAAAGUU